AUGGGAUCUUCGAAUGAAUAUCAUAUCCAACAAAUUAUAAACAUUCCUGAAAAGAUAGAACCUUCUCUUUGGCCUCAAUGUUGUAUCUACAAUGUUCCUGCUAUUCUUUUGAUGGUUAAAAAAGAAGCUUAUACACCUCUACUUGUAUCAAUUGGUCCUAUCCACCAUAACAACAAAAAACUCGAGGAAAUGCAAGAAUACAAACAAAGGUAUUUUCAUUUCUUUUGGAAUCGUCUAGAACGAAAAAGUGAUUUAGUGAACUACAAAUCGUUUCUUGAACAAGAGGAACAAAAUAUGCGCCGCUGUUACCAGCAGAAAUUCAAUGAUAUCAGCAAUGAACAAUUUGUGGACAUGAUAUUGUUGGAUGCUGUGUUCAUCAUGGAGCUUUUUCUAAGAGAGAAUAGAAAAUGGGAACACAAAGAUGAUUGUAUAGUAACUCAACUUUGCGUGAGUAAAAGUAUUCAACGCGAUUUGUUGCUUCUGGAGAAUCAGCUUCCAAUUUAUGUGUUGGAAAAACUAUAUGACACUGUUGUUCCAACCAGUGUCAAAAAGAACAACUGGUUUUUCAAGCUUGCACAUGAGUAUUUUGCAUCUUGUUACCCUUGUUACAAGGAAUCUGAUGAACGAAAGUUUCAAGCGAAACAAUGGGAGAAAUCACUUCAUUUCAUUGAUUUGAUUAGAUGUUCUUAUCUCCCUAUGAAAAUAAGUAAUCAGUAUAUUGAUUCUGAAAAAGAGUGUUUGAUGUUAAGGACUGCAACAAAGUUGAAUGAAGCUGGUGUAAGCUUUGAGAAAGUUCAUAAUAGAUCCUUACUUAACAUAAAGUUUGAGAGAAAACCAUUUUUGAGUUGGUUUCUUUGCUUAGGUUGUUUACCAUUUUGCAAGUUUUUCAAAGCUAGGUUUCUGUUUCCACAGUUAAAAGUAGAUCACACGACAGAAUGUGUUCUUAGAAACCUAAUUGCUUUCGAGCAAUGUCACUAUCCUGAUGAGCCUUACAUUUGCAACUAUGUUUCUUUGAUUGAUUCUCUUAUUAACACCAAAGAUGAUGCAGAGUUGCUGGUGGAUAAAGAAGUCGUCGUUCAUGAGCUUGAAAGCAACGAAGAAUUGUCAAUUCUUGUUAACAGUCUGUGCAAACAUGUUGUGACAAAUUCAUCAUGUUAUUAUCAGCUUAUGGAAGAUCUUAAUGAACACUACAAUAGUGUAUGGAAAAGAGCUAUGGGUACUAUAAGUCGGGUUUACUUUCGUGAUCCGUGGAGAAGUAGUUCUACCAUAGUUGUUAUAAUUGUUUUAAUUUUCAUCAUCUUCAACUUCUGUCGCGCUGUUCAUCUAAUGUUUUAG